CCAGCGCGCGGAUCAUCAGGUGGUGUGGGAGGAAACAGUCAGGGAUCCCACUGCGCACCUUGCGGGACUCCUCUCUGUCUCUCGGUCAAGGAACUCAGCGUGCCCGGGUGAGCGCGUCGCCACCUCCCGGCGGCCCGCGCCAGCAGCACGGCCCGCGACUCCCUUACCGUGGGUGUUUUGCGGCCGACCACUUUGCAUAAUACUACUAUAACUCAAGCCGGAAAGAACAGUCAUUACUUCCUGUUUGUAGUUUAAGUAAGGGAUGAUCUGUCUUAACGGCGUCCCUUUAACGUCAAGUCUCUCGAUACUCUCAGUCGACACGGGAAAGCCGCAGGGAACGUAACGCCUACCUUGAGUUAAUCUUACUUGGCCAGCACUCAUUAGCUCAUCAGACUGUGUUGCUACUAAACUCACAUGAGAAGAUUGACUUAAUUCUGCAUCAUAACUCUCCCUAACAAAAUCUGUACCUCAACAGUAGGUCGUCAGAAUGUAUAGGGUAUAUAUUUUUACCAUCAUGCCUCAUGUGAGAAAAUUGACUGAUACUCCGGCAACGUGAGGCAGAUUUCAAAAGGUAGUAUUAAUCUGUCUGGCUGAAAACUUAUCUCAAUCGCGGCCUCGACCUGUCAGUGCGCGAGGUUGAGAGGCUGCAGUGAGGCGACGUGAGGCAAGCGGAGGCACACAUGCCGCAUCACCGAUCUGACCUUGAAUCGUGUGAAUCAGAAAAGAAGUCACCGCCACCAGACCCACUUCCUUCCCGAAGCUGAAAAAAAAGGAUCAUUCACAUUCCUCACGGGAAAGUCCAAAAAAGAAACUUAAGAGGAGGAGGAAGGAAAUAACUGCAGGGGAUAGACAGCAUGGACUGAGUGAGUGAGCGAACGAACGAGCAAGUGAGUGAGGGGCGAUUCAUGCAAACAUUUUACUAGGUUUCUUUUCCCCUCACUAAAAUAUAAACAUUGCACAAUAUUUACGUUAAUGUGAAACGAAAGACAACGAACGUACUUGGUCUUAGUAACUUUAUUGUUUUACUGUCAGUGUUGUGUUAUUCUGUUCACGUCUCAGCCUUCGCCUUGCAUCCAGUGCCGCACUCCUACUCACUCCUGACCACCUGAGCCCCGCCUCCGCCUCCUCCUCGUCUCCACGCCGCAGCAUCUCGACAGACAUCCCUCGGGAGCUGUCAGUGGCCGUGUCUCCUGUUAAGGGCUGCAAGAGUCUCCGCCACAUGGGGAUUUCAGCGAUGGGCGGCGCGAGGGCGUGGCAGUGCAGGUGGCGGUGGUGGUGCCUUGCUGCAGUAGUGGUGGUGAGCAGUGGCGCGGUGGCAGCAGCACACACUCCACACAGGCAGCAGAAGGAAGUAGCAGCAGCAGUAGGAGCGUGGCAAACAAUGGGAGGAGCUCAGCAGAAACACCACCACCACCACCACCUUCGCCGCCGCCACCUGCACCUCCGCCCCGAGCAGCAGGCGGGGAAGCAGGAGGCUGUGAUGGCGGAGGCUGAAUCAGCAAGAAGCUCUCGUUUGCCUUGGCAGCACGAGUCUCCUCCCCGCCAGGUGCGUCUGCCUCUCCUUCAGGAUGGCGAGCAGAGAUUUUCCUUCUACGUGUAUGGCCGUAAUGGACUGCUGCAGGAGGCGACGCUCUCCUCCAUCAGGUGCAGCCUCUCAAAAGUAGUGGAAGCCAUGCUGCUGGAAUGCUCUCCGUACCGCGGCUUGUAUGGGGAGAACACACGCUCCUCCUCUGAAUUGGACCCAGCGCUCCACCCAAGCCCUCAGCAGCCCCCAGCACGCCCCUCCAGCAACAUACACGGCGUGGUGGCGACUGUACAGCAGAUGGUGUCCUCGGAGGCCGCACAGACCCAGGGCACCUCCUCCUCCUCCUCCUCCACGCCCUCCGCCAACAAUGACCAGUCUGAGGAGUCCCUGGAGAUCCCUGAGGACAUGCUGCAGAGCCUCCACAACGUACCCGAACACAUCGCUACGCAGUGGCAGUUCCUCUCCACCUACUCCCCUCCCACCCCCACCACCACCGUCACCACCACCACCCUCAACCCUACAUCUGUGCCUGUUGCUGCCACUACUACUACUGCCGCCCCAUCAGGAGAAUCAGAGGAGGUAAUAGAGCCUAACAGAGGGAGUAAUCUCCUCUCAAGGCGGCCCUCAGCGCAGGAGGGGACUACUAAUGAAGUGUAUGAGAUUACUACUCAGAAUCUGGAGGCGACUGAAGAUUACCACUCGAGUCCUGAGGUGCAGUCUGUGGAUACUGUCAUUCCCUCUGGCAGCACAACAACCACUUCUGAGGCUCCGGCCACUCCUGAGGAUGAGGUGACCGAGAUAACCGAGAGUCCCAGUGGUGGCAAGAACUCCAGUGAAGCCACAACCAUGCCGCCCAUGAGCACCAACGAAUACGAGGAAGGGAAUGGCAAGCAGGAAGCCAAGACCAGUGAAGACACAUUACUCUCCACCCUCACGGAUUUCUACGCUCAGUCGUACAACAACGCCCGCCUGCCGCCCUCCAGCACCGCGUCGCCAGCCAUCCUCUCCACCUUCAUUGAUUACGCCACUAGUGUCCUCAGCGGUGACUCCCAUGCCUCCGGGGCCUCGCUUCCUCCGUCAGUGUCCCCCCCAGCACCGACACAGCCUCCACAAACCAUCGUGACCUUACCCAUGACCCCUUCUACGCUUGAUGAUUCCGUUGAUGACACAGCGGCAAUAACCUAUCCAGCCUCUAGGAUCGAUUACUUCGUGCCUACCGAUAUCCCAAGUGAGCCAAGCGCUGGAGUGACACUUUCCUAUGGUCCCGAAAAUCUGCUCAGUAUUGAUCUGGUUGACCCUGUGGAGUCAGAAAAUCCGUACGACGUCAUGCCGCUGGAUGGGCAGAGCGGCACUUACCCUGUGCGUAGCCCAGCCUCAGGACACACGGGAGGCACGGAGCAGAGUCACGUCGCUGCCAUUGAGCCUCUUAAUCCCUACGAGAGUGCCGCAAUGCUCCUAGAAGUGCUGCAGAGUCACAACGGAUUCCCAGACAGGACAACGGGAGAGGCCGUUCCUUCCUCCACCGAGACGAGAGACACUGCCGACACCCACUCGCCGCCCUCGCUCUCCACCACGAACCUUCUCUCGGCAGACGAAGGCACAGACGAUGGCCGCUUCACGGACAUUCCAUCGCAGCACUUCACAGCGACGGGUGGCGGUGGGCAGGACGCAACAGCUUUCACCAGCCAGCAUAUCUCCCAGCCUUCCCUAUCACCAGCAGCUGUGCCACCGUUAUCCUCCAACGCUGAUGAAGCCCAAACUCAAGAACCCGUCAGGUCCCCGCUGCCCCAUUCCCCACCCAGGCAGUCAGGCCCCAGUAGUGCCCCUAGCAGCGCCUCCAGCGUGCUGCCUCCCUCCCAGCUGGCGGGCACGGGUAAUCAGGACAAGAUAGACCUGGAAGCCCUUCAGGUGCAUGGAAACCUGACGGAGGGUGACAUCUUCUACGACUACUACGGCUCCUCAGUCUACCUGGACAACGUGCCUGAGCACUACUACGACUAUGACGAACUACCAUCUUCGCAACCUCAACUGAAUACCACAGACGACCUCGGCUUCCCAGGACCCAACGCCACUAGUCCUUACCACGACCACCACCACCACGACCACCACCACCACGACCACCACCACGACCACCACGACCAUGACCACAAACACCACCACGGAGCGCCCCCAGAGCCCUCCGCUACACUGCUGCAGGCCCCCGAGGACAACCCUGGCUUGGAGGCGUCCGUGGAAAACUUGAAUCCAGACAUCAGGGAGUUUGUGGAUGCCAUGAACGAUAUCACCUUCAGGGUGUAUAAACACGCGGCGGAACAACACAAGCGUCAGAAUUUCGUCAUGUCACCCCUCAACCUCAUUUCAACACUAGGGAUGCUUCUGCUGGGGGCUCGCGGGCUCUCUGCUGACGUGCUCCGCGACUUCAUGCAAAUGGACAAAUUUUACACCUUCAACCCCCAUCUGGUGCUUCGGAACGUGACGCAGGCCAUACAGAGCCUAAAGGAUGUGCAUGACGUGACCUUCUUCAGUCAGUUCCUAGUUGAUAAGGAAAAGAGUCCCUAUUCCACUGAGUUCUUCGCCAAGGCCAUCAAGGUGUUCUACGACGCUGAAAUCCAGGACAUGGAGGCAGCGGAUUUCGAGACCUUUGUGCGGGAGAAGGUCAACUCACUGAUCCGCCAAAACACGAGAAGCGAGACACAAAACUUUAUUAGGGAGGAGGAGCCGCUCUUCCUCACCCCGCCCCUCUCCACCGUGGCCACCAGCUUCCUCCAUGCACGCUGGAGUCUGCCGGUGACGCAGGAGGAUCUAGUGGACAUGAGCUUCAUCCGGUUCCCGACGGCGGAGAGGCGGCUCAUCCAGACCACGGGACUCCGCAAGAAGGUGACUGUCAACGCGGGAUUCUCCAGGGCGGCGGCGGCGACAUCGGCAGAGGUGCCGCUCUACUCCAGCUCAGGCCUCCUCUCCCUCGUCCUCGUCAUGCCCGGUGAACAGAAGAACUUUGUCGCCAAUGGACUCAAACGGCUGGAGUCGAGCCUGUCGUCUGCUAAGUGGAGUGAGCUGCUCCGAUCCAUGCUCCCUAACACAGUGAACCUCAAAAUGCCAGUCUUCAGGCACCGCGCUUUCCAUAACUUCUCCACCAUCCUGAGUGACCUUGGCCUGCAGCAGCUCUUCCAGAAGAGCGAAGCGGACUUAUCAGGGAUCAACCACAUCAAGAACCUUUAUCUCAACGACGUGGUGCAACUGACGGAAUUCCAGUCGUGCCAGAUUGAAAAGCCCCGCACUACCUCGGUUCUGAGCGGCAGGAGGAGACGCUCGUCCGCCCCUACCUUGGACACUUUGACGAAGGAUAUCACCGCUGAUUCCAACUACCUCAAUCACCCGACCUACAUCUACGGCCUGCCCAUGGUGGAGUACGCGAAGGUCAGACUCACACGCAUGGAGUCCGGGGAAAGGCACGACGCAGCCACAGCCACGCAGCAGAAGGCGCCGCAGAAGAACAUGAGCACACGCACGAUGGACGGCGGAGCAAGUGGUGCUGACAUACGUGCCUCUAUGCUCAGGUCCUCGCCAGAUACCCUGCAGGAGGAGGCCUCACCGCAGGCAGCCACGCCACUAGACACGCAUGUUAAUUAUCUCUCUGAAGAGACGAAUACCACAGGAGGCGACGCGGCGGAAACACAGACACAGGAUGACGAAGGGACAGUGGAGGAGGAACUGGUGACCUACCCCGAGUACUAUUACUACAACAACUACCACUACAACGACCAGCAGUACGAGUAUAAGGAACACAUGUACGACUACGGUGAGGGGGGUGAUGGAAUGUGGGAGCCUGAGAAAAUGAUGGGUAAGGAGGAGGCGGAGGAGGAGGAGGAGAGAGUGGAUCGUAUGGGCACAGCUUCUGACGGGCCUGGCGCUCACUACAGGCAGAGUGAUGUGGGGACUCUGGCCUUUGACCGCGCCUUCCUCUACGCCGUCAGACACAAUCCAACGGGACUCCUGCUGUUCUUGGGACGCUAUCUUGACCCGCAAGCGAACUAGACAAGGAAACCAUUACCAUUUUAUUCAUUAUUACACGCCUCUAGAACCACGUCACGUUAACUAGAACGGGAACCAUAUAGAAGUUUUCAAUAUUUCCCGUUUCUAGAACUACGAGGAGCUAAUUAUACAGGAAGCCUCUAGGAUUAUUGCCAAUGUUUUAUAUCUCUAGAACUUACUAUAGCUGGGACACUCUAGAACUAUACUCAAUAUUUCACGCGUCUGGAACUGCAGCAGAUAAACAAGCGGGGGACCUGUAGAUAUAUAAUAAGCAUUUUCAUCCCUAGAACUACAAACUAUCUGGAACACGGAACACUCAAUACAACCACACCAGACUAACUAAAAAAAACCCUCCAAAACUUCACCAUUAGUCCAUGAAUAACCUCAUUCCCUACACCAUUAAGACUCUACGUAACAUUCCACUUCUACAGAACCACAUCA